GGGGCACGGGGACGCUCCAGGGAUUGGGGAGGGCAAUGAGCCGUGAAGCCCCAGCAACUGCUCGCCUUCACCCUGUCACGCGCGGUGCGCCCUGAUUCUGAGCGGUUGACUCAAACCCAGGCUGCGAAAAGGUCCCUGCGCCGUUGCCCACGAGCGAGGUGUAGCCUUUCGGUCAGGGAGGGAGAACUCGGACGGAUCGUUGACGUCAUUUGUCUCAGUAUAGCCUCUUGGUUAGGGAGGGAGAACCCGGAUGGAGCGUUGACGUCAUUUGCCUCAGUGAAGGGAAGGAGCUGGGAUUCACACCCAGAUCCUUUGCGGUUCCAAAUCGCAGACUGUUUUAAGCAUAAUCGUGCCUGUAACAAGAAACUAGGAUCUUCAUCUCUUUGUGUUUAGUGACACCUUCAGGUUUUUGGACAUGUUUUUUUAUCCACCAUUUCCUUCCAUCUUUUCUGAAUAUUUUAGGGUGAUUUUGUAAGUUUUAGAAGCUGAUGGUAUAACUGAGGCUUCUUGAUACUUUGUUGACACUAAUGUUUUUUGCUCAGCAUCUCCAGGAGACUGUAGGGGGUGGGGUGGCUCAAUAAAUACCUGGAGCAUCCAGCUGCCUUGACAGGUUAAUCCAAGGUGGGGGAUGUGUCUUGAGAGCCAUUGACAAAAAAAGCCACAUCCCAGAUUACGGUACUGUAUUUCCUCGCUGGUUCCUGAGACUGAGGACACGGGGGAGCAGUAGUUGGUUAUUAGAGGAGGCUGGUACAGCUGUGAAACCCCCCGUCUGGGGUCCCAGCAGUUUCCUCAUCAGAAAGUGGACAAGCCCAGUCAGGACUGUGGAUGAGGCAGAGUCCCUGGGAAAGGAGUGCAGAAGUCAUCAUGCCACAGCAGCUCCUGAUCACCCUGCCCACCAAGGCCAGCACCUGGGUGAAGUUGCACCAUCCAAGGAAGGCCAAAGAGGGGGCGCCCCUGUGGGAGGAUGUGACUAAAAUAUUUGAAGCAGAAGCUCUGCCAUCUCAGCAAGUUGAUGAGUCCCAGGGAGAAAGUUGCAAGGAUGAAAUGACUCCUGGGCUCCUGACAGCGGGAUCCCAGGAACUGUUAACCUUCAAGGAUGUAUCUGUGGACUUCACUCAGGAGGAGUGGGGGCAACUGGCCCUUGAUCACCAGAAUCUCUACCGGGAGGUGAUGCUGGAGAACUAUGGGAACCUGGUCUCAGUGGGAUAUCAACUUUGCAAACCUGUUGUGAUUUCCCAGUUGGAGAAAGGAGAAGAACCAUGGCUGACGGAGAAAAAGAUUUCGGGAGGUUCAUGUUCAGACUUGGCGAAUAAAACAGAAACCAAAGAAUCAACCUUAAAGAAUGAAAUUUCAUGGGAAGAAUUACAUUCUGGGCUGAUACAGGAAAGGUCCACAAGGAGAAGCACCUUGUAUUCUACAUUGGGAAGAGUCUCAAAAUGUGAUAAAUUAGAAAGUUACCUGGAAAACCAAGGUAGAUCACCUGAGGGGCCAAUCCCCUCAAUCCAUAAGAAAAUUCUCACUCAAGAGAAAAGCCAAGAAUCUAAGCAAUUUGACAAAAAAGUUAAUUUUAGCUCAAAAAUUACCCCAGGACUAACAGGCUCUUCAAGAACAAAAGACCAUAAAAAUGACACACCUGGAAAGAGAAACAAAUGCAAUUUAGAUUUGAUUAAUCAUUCAAGGAGUUAUACAAAAAUGAAAACCUUUGAAUGUAACAUUUGUGAAAAAAAUUUCAAACAACUCAUUCAUCUUACUGAACAUAUGAGAAUUCAUACUGGAGAGAAACCUUUCAGAUGUAAGGAAUGUGGAAAAGCCUUUAGCCAAAGUUCAUCCCUUAUUCCCCAUCAAAGAAUCCAUACUGGUGAGAAACCCUAUGAAUGUAAGGAAUGUGGGAAAACCUUUAGACAUCCUUCAUCCCUUACUCAACAUGUUAGAAUUCAUACUGGAGAGAAGCCCUAUGAAUGUGAGAUAUGUGAGAAAGCCUUCAGCCAGAGCAUUGGACUGAUCCAGCAUCUGAGAACUCAUGUUAGAGAGAAACUAUUUACAUGCAAAGACUGUGGAAAAGCAUUUUUCCAGAUUAGACACUUGAGGCAACAUGAGAUUAUUCAUACUGGGGUGAAACCCUACAUUUGUAAUGUAUGCAAUAAAAACUUCAGCCAUAGCACAUACCUAACUCAGCACCAGAGAACUCAUACUGGAGAAAGACCAUAUAAGUGCAAGGAAUGUGGGAAAGCCUUUAGUCAGAGAAUACAUCUUUCCAUUCAUCAGAGAGUUCAUACUGGAGUGAAACCUUAUGAGUGCAGUCACUGUGGGAAAGCCUUUAGGCAUGACUCAUCCUUUGCUAAACAUCAGAGAAUUCAUACUGGAGAAAAACCUUAUGACUGUAAUGAGUGUGGGAAAGCCUUCAGUUGUAGUUCUUCACUUAUUAGACACUGCAAAAUACAUUUAAGAAAUUCCUUCAGCAAUGAUACAUGAAGUAUAUGCAGCAUUAGAGAAACCAUAUUGGAGCAAAAGCCUCUAAAUCAAUGGUUUCCUAACCUUUAGAUUUUAAGAACGAUUAUGUUUUAUUAUUUCCUCACAAUACUUCAGAAAUGAAUGAUUGGAUAAAUGUUAUCAACUGCUAAUUUUGCUGUCUUAAAAUUAACAACUUAUUAUCAGCAUUGUUUCAGAAAAGGGAAUUUUAAUAUUUAAAAAUGUAGAAAAGAUGUAAUUAUGAUAAAUAGCCCAUUAUAGUGAAUUAACACUAUGAAAAUCUGCCAAAGUUGUCUUUACUUUUUACCUUUCACUAUGGACAAAUGAAAAUUUCAUGGCAGGUCAGUGAUCUGGGGAUUGGCCAUUGAGAAUCACUGUUUUAAAUAUCCCUUUAACAAAUCAGAAUAAAAUAUAGCACAACCUUU